AUGAGUGCUAUCGAUAUAGAGCUGUUGAUACGUUUGGUUGAGAAAAAGCCCGUGCUAUGGGACAAAACUCAAGUGUACUACAAGAACCGGCAGCCGUGCUUCACCGCUUGGAGGGAAAUAUGCCUUGAGUUAAAUAAAAACUUUGAAACGCUGUCCGAGAGGGAAAAAAACAAUUUUGGAAGGGAUAUUAUAAAAAGAUGGAACAAUGCAAGAGAUAGCUGGAUGAAAUAUCACAAGAAAAUUAAAGGAUACAGUCCUGGUGCAAAAAAACAACGAAAAUAUAAAUUCUACGAUCAAAUGCUCUUUUUGAGAAAAAUCUUCGUUCGCCGAAAGACGGAGGAGAUCAAAUCACAAAAAACUAGAAAAAUUAACUUAAAUAAAAAAAAAGAACAAUCUGACACUGAAGAAAGUGACUCUCAAAUUGGUAAUGAACUUAGCACACUAGAGAAUACUAACGACGAGAACGAAAGAAUCAUGAGAGUGACAGACUGUAACGAAAGUGAUCGACUCCCCACAGUCACAUCUGUAGAAGAUAUGAGUAAGAGUAUGUGUUUUUUCAGAAGCAUUGCUCCCAUUGUGGAAAAAUAUAACGACGAUGAUUAUAUAGAAUUUCAAUAUGAAGUCGUUAAAGUUAUGAAGAACUUAAGCCGAAGAAAUCAGGAGGAAUUUAUUGAUCAAGCUUCAUUCGAGAACACGGUAGAUGAAAAUCGGACAACAGAUCCUAUUCCAUUCACUCCCAGCAUAUGUCCACAAAAAGUAGAGCCACAGGAACUGCUGCAAGAAGAUGAAGAAGGUUUAAACUAA